AUGAAGAAGGCCAUUGCAAUUAUCGAUGGAGAUAUUUCUGAUCAAUUCAAAGUGGUGUGGAAUUAUUGUAAUGAAAUAGUAAGAGCAAAUCCAAAUACUUCUGUUUAUAUGAAGUUGGUCGAAAAUGAGGAUCCUAGCAAGCAUAAAAGAUUUAAGAGAUUCUAUAUUUGUUUUAGUGCUUGCAAGGAAGGUUUCAAAAGUGGUUGCAGAAGAAUAAUUGGGGUGGAUGGUUGUUGGCUCGAGGGUCCAAUGUACGGUACUCAUUUAUUAACUGCUAUUGGGCUUGAUCCUAAUAAUAAUAUAUAUCUGAUAGCAUAUGCAAUUGUGGAGAAAGAAUGUCACGAGUCAUGGGCAUGGUUUCUGAAUCAUUUAAAGCUUGACUUGGAGAUAGAUGAUGAAGCUAAUUGGACCUUCAUGUCAGACAAGCAAAAAGGUUUGAUAGAAGCAUUUAAUGAGAUAUUACCAUUUGUGACUCAUAGAUUUUGUGUGAGGCACUUGCAUAAUAACUUUAAGAGGACGGGAUUUAAUGGUAACACAUUGAGAAAUGCACUGUGGAAAGCUACUAGUGUAAUAACAGUAAAGUGGUUUGAUAAAUGCAUGCUUAAAAUAAUUGAUUUAGACCCCGCAGUUGCUUCUUGGUUGAGAGAUAAGUCAACUAGUGAACGGUCUAGAUCUCACUUUUCUGAAAAUGUGAAAUCAAAUAGGGAUAAAUCUGCCAUGUGGAGUUCUGAUGAUAUUUGCUCCAGAAUUAAGGAUGUGUUGCACAAAAGUCAAGUUGUUGCUACUGAAUAUAUUCCUAGAAAGGCAAAUCAGUGGAACUAUAAGCUUACAAGAGCUAGCAUAACUGAUAAUUGGGCUGUGGACUUACUAAAUAGAAAUGUAGCUGUAGAAAAUGGGAUUUGA